CCCGCUCAACAGCACAAAAUAAACAAGACCCCGCCUCGGCCAGCGGUUGGGGCCACACAAUCGAAAAACCUGUCGCUACAAUGCCAUCGAGCCCUAAUCAUAAUAUAAACCAGCUGUGCCUUCAUGUCGACGACGAUUCAAAUUUCCAAAAUGGACAGGAGCAGGAAAUGGCACCUCCAAAUGAGUUCGAUCUCAACUUUCCGAGUCCUAGGUACUUCUUUCCCUUAGAUGCUACAUGGCCUUUGGAUGAUUUGAAUGCUUUCGAUGAGAAUAGUCCAUAUUCUACGCAAGGCUAUCCACAGCUCUUCUGGAGAUUCGACCAAGAUGUAAGCUCAGCGCUUGUCGACAAUGCAGAUCUCGGCGUGGCUGGAAAAGACGUGACUGAGAAACCGGCGGACUCGAAGACAAAGUCUAAUUCAGUUACUACCAGCAGCCCUUAUGCUCAAUCCCCAUUUAUUUACUCCUUCAGAGCUGGACCGGUGAUCAAAAUCCCGAAGUUGAUUCAAUUUUUGCAGAGCCAAGCCAUCUGGAAGCGAUUGAACUUUGCAUUUUCAUCAAAUGAACCGCCCGAGUCUACACCUUCGAGGAUUGUUGAGCCUGUGAGAGAUGCUAUCGUCGCGAAGAUAUACACCAUGCUCUCAAAAUUGAUCGAGAAGGACACUAGCAGGAAAAUCCCUCAUCUUUUCCCGCCCUUGAAGACUAUUCAACAUCUACUGGACACCAGCCGGAAGACCUUAUGUCCGUUCUAUCAGGUCGUACAUCCAACCGCUUGGGUUGAGUCGAGCUGGGACAGCGAUGAGCCCUAUGCAGACAGUGGUCUCUUUUUCACGUCGCUCAUGGCGCUCGGCUGCAUGCUCGCUCCAGUGGAGGAAGCCCGUUCGUUCUCUGUUGAGCUCGCUUAUCUGGUGCGAUACAACAUCGUGGAGAAUGCUGCCCUGGACGAAGCUCACCUCAUUGAUAAGUGGGUGAUCACCGCAUGGAUCAUGAACGUGGUAUAUAAUGCUUGGUCUGGGAACAAGAGACACAUGGAGCUAGCAGAAGCAUAUCAGGGAACAUUUAGUGCUUUCUUUCUGAGACGUGGUUACUACGACGCCAUACCCCCCUCCAGCAACCAGAGCCUUGAAACGAACCUUGCAUCUUGGUCUUCCUGGAUUGACACAGAAAGAAGGCGCAGAUUUUGCCAAGUAUGGUAUAUCCUUGAGCAGGAAAUCAGUCUCUUUUACUGCGUUACACCUUCAAUUGACUUCACAAAAAUUCGUUGUCCCAUGCCGGUGGCAGACGCGUUCUUCUUGGCAGAGACCGAGGAGGAAUGGGAAGCUCUGGUUCUGGAGGCAUCAGAAGAGGGAAAAUCUAGCACUAUACUUCGUCCACUUUCACUAGCAACCUUUCAUGUCCUCUUCUUGCGACCCGACUUCUUGCAAUUGGACAUUUCAGUAACACCACUUCAGUUGCGUCUACUGCUUUCAGCUAUCCAGGCCCGGAUCACACAAUACUCUCUGACACAUCGCUGGAUCCCCGUUGAAGAAAGAUUUGCAUCUUCUAGUGAUGUCUACAACGACGGCAAUUUCCUCCUUCUUCGCCAGCAGGAGGAAUUUGAGAAUAUGCUCCUGAAGUGGAAUACCUUGGCCAGUCGUGUUUUUGAGCAACAUCCCAACUCCGACCAAGAACUGCCAUGCUAUCUGACGGCACAGAUGGUGUGGCUAGAGAUAUGUAUCUGCUUCGACGACAUCCAGAUGAUUGCUGGAAAGGAGGGCUUCGAGACAGGGAGGCUCUACCUUCCACGCCUCAGACACUGGGUCCGGAAUUCGAUGGCGCGAAAAGCCAUCGCACACGCAGGAAAUGUUCUCGAACUUGUCAUGCGCAGUGACUCGCACGUCCUAAGGCCGAUUUGGUGGCCUUUAGCAGUCUGUCGGGCUGCUCUGGUACUAUGGUGUUAUAGCGUCGGUCUGUUUGUCGACACCGACACCACUACUGGAGUGGCCCCGGCGUCAUUGGCCCGCUCUGUUCUGGUCUCUCUGAACGUUCCCGGCAAUCUCCAUGAUCCCAUUGGCAGAAUUGUUCAACAAGGAGAAGGGAUGCCAUGUAUUCAGGACUCAAGGGGAGCCUUCGUACCUCUACAUGACAUUCCCGGUAUUCUGGACUUGUGUAUAAGACUGCUUGAGAACCCACCAGGUUACAAUUCGCCCAUUCUCGGAAGUAUGCAUCAGUUUCUACAAGACAUUAAGCAAUGCGGAGUGCCCUACUCGCCCUUGUAGUACUGUGUAUAUGAGGAUUUAAAAUAGACUUACUCAGUGCCGCCGGACAGACUUAGUUGGACACUGCUAAAUCUCAUUCUAUAGGAGUAUAUAGUGAGCAUAUGAGGGACGUCAUGUCCGCCUCAGG